UGCAUUAGUACCCGAAUCACAUGCUCCUAUAUUAUUUAUUAAUGUCGCUCAAGAACUAACUGAUGUUGAACGUGAUGAAAUACAAGAUUUAUUAGAUUAUUUUAACAAUUAUUGGAUGCGUAAAAUAUCAACAUGGAAUGUUUUUAAUACUCCUGAUCGCACUAACAAUUAUAGUGAAGGUUAUAAUCAUAGAUUUAAAAGACGUUUACAAAAGUCUCAUCCAAAUAUAUGGGUUUUUAUGGACUCACUUAGAAAAGAAAUAAAUACAAUUCAUGAUUUAAUUGUUCAAAUUAACACUGGAAUGAAACCUCGUUCAAAACGAUCUCAAUCUAAAAUUGCUGAACAACGAAUGAAAGAAUUAUAUGAUCGAUUUAAUAAUAACAAAAUCACAGCACAAGAUUUAUUACGUGGACUUUCCUUUUUUGUUGCGAAUGAAAAAUAA